GGGUGACCGCAGUCACCAAUCCCUCCUUCACCUACCACCCCUCUUUCAUAUACCUAACAAUGGCUUCAUAGAUUCCCCACCCACCAACCACCAGACCAAACCACCUUUCAAUCCGAUCACACCAUUCCAUAUGGCAGCGGCGGCGACUACGACGGCGACGGCCUCAUACUCCACAAUUUCACCCAAACACAACGUUUCUUUAUCCACCAACAACCACCACCAUUUCAAUAAGAACGCUCUAGGUUUUGUAUCCGAAAAUCCCAUUCCAAUACGUUCCCUUUCUCUUUCUUGCUCCCGUCCAGCUAAACAUUCAAUGAAAGUAUCUGCCACUUCAGCUGCUCCUCCGGUGAUCGAGACUAGUAAGUCGAGUUCUGAUGAAGUUCCCACCGUAGUUGAUGUUGAUUUAGGUGAUCGGAGCUAUCCAAUCUAUAUCGGAUCUGGUCUGCUUAAUCAACCGGAUCUUCUACAAAGGCAUAUUCAUGGGAAGAGAGUUCUUGUAGUCACAAACACCACAGUGGCGCCUUUAUACUUGGAUAAAGUUGUCCAUGCUUUAACUGUUGGAAACCCUAAUGUUACAGUUGAAAGUGUGAUUCUCCCAGAUGGUGAGAAAUACAAGGACAUGGAUACUCUCAUGAAAGUAUUUGACAAAGCCAUUGAAUCUCGAUUGGAUAGAAGAUGUACUUUUGUUGCCCUUGGUGGUGGUGUCAUUGGUGACAUGUGUGGAUAUGCUGCAGCUUCUUUCCUCCGUGGUGUCAAUUUCAUUCAAAUCCCUACAACUGUUAUGGCACAGGUGGAUUCUUCGGUUGGGGGCAAAACGGGAAUAAACCACAGAUUGGGAAAAAACUUGAUUGGAGCAUUUUAUCAGCCACAGUGUGUGCUAAUAGAUACAGACACAUUAAACACAUUACCUGAUAGAGAAUUAGCUUCAGGUCUUGCUGAGGUCAUCAAGUAUGGGCUUAUUAGAGAUGCUCCAUUUUUUGAGUGGCAAGAAAAGAACAUGCAAGCUUUGAUGUCUAGGGAUCCUGAUGCUUUUGCAUAUGCUAUAAAGCGUUCAUGUGAAAACAAGGCUGAAGUUGUAUCUCAAGAUGAGAAAGAAAGUGGUUUAAGGGCGACACUGAAUCUGGGGCAUACAUUUGGUCACGCAAUAGAAACUAGCUACGGGUACGGACACUGGCUUCAUGGAGAAGCAGUUGCAGCAGGCACCGUAAUGGCGGUUGACAUGUCAUACCGCCUUGGUUGGAUAGACGAAUCCAUAGUCAAACGAGUCAACUCCAUCUUAAAACAAGCCAAACUGCCAACCACCCCUCCCGAGAUGAUGACCGUAGAUAUGUUCAAAUCUGUCAUGGCCGUGGACAAGAAGGUGGCUGAUGGAUUACUAAGACUAAUACUCUUAAAAGGCCCACUAGGAAACUGUGUUUUCACAGGAGAUUAUGACCGAAAAGCUCUUGAUGAAACCCUACAUGCAUUUUCCAAGUCUUGAUUUUAGGUGAUGAGUGUGUCUUGUUUUAUAAUGAUAACCGGUUCAUGGGAUGGAAGUGGAUUGGACUCAACAAGAAUGCUUGUUUCAUCUUGUUUCAUUUUAUGAGACAAAAGAUAGCACUUUAUGUCAUUGACAUGAGUCACACUCUUGAUUGAUGUCUCAAUUCGUCAAUGACAAAUGUAUUACAACAUAAUGUUGUCUUUGUUACAUAGGGGAGGACUAGACAAUCUUUUUAGUACUAUUUCAACGUCUCUCGCAUAUAAUGGAUCAAGUAUAAAGUAUAAGUACAAUGUUCUAAUCGAAUUUUUGUUUAUUUUUUGUU